UAACGCCCUCUAAAGAACAUGACGUAAUUAGAAAAGUGUUUCGAAAAGUCGGUAGUUGUGUUUUCCGCUGAACAUGGCCGCAUAUUCGGACGAUCAGAUUGCCGAGUUCCAAGAAGCAUUUUCACUUUUUGAUAACCGUGGAGAUGGAAAGAUCAGCAUUUCCCAAUUGGGCGAUGUUCUUCGGGCUCUUGGACAAAAUCCGACCGAAGCGGAAGUAAAGAAGUGCUGCCAUCAACUUAAAGCUGAUGAGCGUAUUGGAUUUGAAGUAUUCCUUCCCAUUCUUCAAACUAUUUACAAGAAUCGUAGCACGGAUACUGCUGAAGAUUUUAUUGAAGGCCUCCGUCACUUUGACAAAGAUGGAAAUGGCUACAUAUGUUCCGCAGAGCUUCGUCAUUUGUUGACAACUUUGGGUGAAAAACUCACGGACGAUGAAGUUGAACAAUUGCUGACUGGACAAGAAGAUUCCCAGGGAAAUGUUCAUUAUGAAGAUUUCGUGCGAAUGGUGAUGAGUGGAUAAAAGAUCUUCAUCAAAAUUUCCAGUAUUACAUAUGUACAAGAUUUAUAUAAAAAACAUUAUUAUAUUAUUUUUGUAUAAA